CAAAAAUUGAAAGUCUUACGAUUAAAUAUACUUUCUGCCGUAAAUCGAAUUUUUCAUAGCAACAAAACUUCUUCCCCAGACAAAAGCGACGCCGUUUUCCUAUCUCCGGUUGCGUUUCUGCCCUAAUCCACGAAUUCCUCCGCCGCACUGUCCACCGUCGUUGCCUUUUUCAGGUUUAUUGUUCUAGUUGUUAGAAGAUGGAUAUGGAUGAGGAUCAAGAGAUGGAGAAUUUCGGAACGGAGAAAGAUUUCGAAGGUGGUCAAUGGGUUAAUGGUGAAUUCUACUUUCGAAAGCGCCGAGAGAAAGCUCGAACUCAAACCAAAGACGAUGUUCUAUAUGGAGUUUUUGGUGAUUCCGAAGAUGACGAUGAUGAUGGGUAUUCUAGUAAAAAGCGAAGAAAAGAUUUUGGAAGGAAACAGGAUCUCACUAAACCAGUGAAUUUCAUUUCAACUGGAAAUUUUAUGCCGGAUAAGGAUAAUGUUGAUGAGGAUUUGAAAGAGCAGGAUGAUGGUGAAGAUAGGCCUGGUUUUGGGUUAGGUUUUGGGUCGGCUAGUGUAUCGGGGUCUGGUCUAGGAUUUAAUUCUGGUCGUGGUGUGAAUGGUUCAGAUAGGAAUGAUGAUGAAUCUGAUGAGAAUGAUAAUCGGGAUGAUAAAUUUUUGCCUACUGCGUUUGGGAAGAAGAUUAAGGAGGGAGCCAUGAAGAGGGAGAAGGAGAGAUUGGAGGAGAAGAAGAAGAAGAAGGGGAAGAAGCCGGGGAUGGGUUUAGGUCAGGAGGGGUCUGUGGAUGUUGGGAAAUUCGAGAGUCAUACAAAGGGAAUUGGAAUGAAGCUGCUUGAGAAGAUGGGUUAUAAAGGGGGUGGUCUUGGGAAGAAUGAGCAGGGUAUUUUAAAUCCUAUUGAAGCGAAGUUGAGGGCUAAAAAUUCUGGUCUUGGAUUUAACGAAUCGAAGGGAACCACAAUGCCGUUGCCUGCUUUGCAGACGGAGAAGAAGACUGAACCGGGAGUUGUGCAGCCUACAGUUGGAAGAACACGUUCGUGGUUAAAGCGGCCGAAGAAGAAGAAUAAAGAAGAGGAAAAGUAUGUAACUGCUGAGGAGUUGUUGGCUAGCAAGCAAGAAGAAGAAUCAGAGGUUGUUCAGAAGAUUUAUGAUAUGAGGGGGCCGCAGGUACGAGUUUUAACAAAUUUGUCUGAUUUGAAUGCCGAGGAGAAAGCAAAGGAAAAUGAUGUCCCAAUGCCUGAGCUUCAGCAUAACGUAGGACUAAUAGUUCAGAUUGCUGAAGCUUACAUCCAAGAAAUUGAUAAAGAUUUGAGGAAAGAGAGGGAUAUAGCACUUAGCUUGAAAAAAGAAAAGGAGAAGUUGGAAGCUGAGGCAGCGUUUCAAAAGAUGCAGCUCGAUAAUUAUGAAAAGAUAAUGAGUGUGCUGGACAGCGUUGGAGAAGAGAACACCUUAGGAACAUUAACAUUGGAUUCCCUUGCUCAAUGCUUUAUGGACAUGCACAAAAGAUAUGCUGAGGAUUAUAAGCUGUGUAAUUUGUCAUGCAUUGCUUGCUCAUAUGCUUUGCCUUUGUUUAUCAGAAUGUUCCAAGGAUGGGAUCCUCUUCGAAAUCCAUCUCAUGGUUUGGAGUUGGUAUCACGGUGGAAGGCAUUGCUUCAAGGAGAUGAUUGUUUUGAUAUAUGGGACAUGUCAUCACCUUAUACUCAAUUGGUUUCAGAGGUUGUAUUGCCAGCUGUUAGAAUAUCUGGUAUCAAUACCUGGCAUGCACGGGAUCCUGAACCAAUGCUACGGUUUUUGGAGUCGUGGGAAAAAUUGCUUCCUUCUUCAGUUCUUGCUACUAUAUUAGACAACAUAGUCAUGCCAAAACUAUCAAGUGCAGUAGGUACUUGGGAACCACAUCUUGAGACCAUUCCUAUCCACACAUGGGUGCAUCCAUGGCUACCCCUGCUAGGGCACAAGCUGGAGGUUAUCUACCAGACAAUUCGUUUCAAAUUGAGUACUGUUCUUGGUGCAUGGCACCCAAGUGAUGGUUCUGCAUAUGCUAUAUUGUCCCCUUGGAAGACUGUAUUUGAUUCUGAUAGCUGGCAACAACUUAUGCACCGUUUUAUCGUACCAAAGCUGAAGGCUGUCUUGCAAGAUGACUUCCAAGUGAAUCCGGCAAGUCAGAAUCUUGAUCAAUUUUAUUGGGUUAUGAACUGGGCUUCUGCUAUUCCAAUUCAUCUGAUGGUUGACACGAUGGAGAUCUUCUUUGCCAAGUGGCUUACGGUUUUGUAUCGUUGGUUGUGCUCAAAUCCUAACUUUGAUGAAGUUACAAAAUGGUAUUUGGGCUGGAAAGAACUUAUUCCGAAAGAACUUUUGGCAAAUGAAAGUAUUCGAUACAAGCUCAACUGUGGUCUUGAUAUGAUGAACCAGGCCGUUGAAGGUAUGGAGGUUGUGCAACCUGGUUUGAAGGAGAAGAUAAGCUAUAUCAGGGUAAGUGAGCAAAGGAAAUUUGAGACUCAGCAGAAAGCAGCAGCCUCUGCUCAACAACAAGCUGCUGCAAGCAUGGCUGGUGGCGCAGAUGGUGUGAAUGAAAUGAGCGUGAAAGAUCUUAUUGAGGCUUAUGCUCGGGAUAAUGGUUUACUGUUCAAACCUAAAUCUGGUAGAACGCACAACGGUCAUCAAAUAUAUGGGUUUGGCAAUGUCAGCAUAAUAAUCGACUCUCUAAAUCAAAAGGUCUAUGCCCAAAAUGAGGAGACAUGGUCUUUAGAAACUCUUGAACGAUUGCUAGAGUUACAUAAUAAAUCCCUUAGUAAAAGACGCUGAAUUCUGUGCUGGGUAUAUGAAGUAACAUCUUAAUUCUCAGGUACUCUAUUUCCUUAGGGAUUUUGUAUGAGUUAUUUCUCUUGAUUUGUUGGCUCGUGAUAUUGUAGUUUCUUGCGUUUUGUUUCAAUAUCCAAAAUGUUGUGAAUUAUAGACAGAUAAUACAGGCCAAAUGAAGUCGCACCUUUUCGUAAUGUUAACUUUUGUUUUGGAUGUGAAUAUAUUUAGAGAUUGAGGGACA